UGUCUGCUGUUUGUUUUUCCUGUUGCCCUGUUGUUCUAUUUUUCUAUUUUUGUUGUUUGUUUCAAACACCUGUUGAGUUGAGAUAAUUUUCACUGGCUUAUGUUUGUUUUUGGAUAAAGCUCCAGUGUUUGUUAAACAAUUAUUUGUAAAAGUAUGAGUUAAUAUUACUUGUUACUUAUUCGCUUGGCAUAACGCUUGAGGUUUGGGAGGAGUUUGGUAAAAAAAAAUGGACACUGAUCCAGGCAUUCUGUGCUUUCAACACUGUGGACCUGUCAAUAUAUUUUGUUUUGAACUACCUCUUCAAUGUCCAGUGUGUGGAGCUCCUCUUGCCACUGUCAAUUUCCGAUUGCUCCCUUUUCGUGUUCCUUAUCCUUUUGUACGAGCAACACAGCACCCAUGCUCUAUUGUCAUAAAGCCCACAACAGGGGACUUUCUCAAUGACUAUUUCAAUUCAAAAGAUCUGCACAUAGGUGUAACUGAUUCCAAAGGGAUGGUUGUGGAGUUUGACCGUGGUGGUCUUCAGUGUGCAGAUGCUCAACUUUGGAAACAAUGUUUAGUCUUGGACGGAGCAGCAGGCCCAUGGAGUGAUCACUGGGAUGGUACUUUAUCAAAUGUAGCACAACAAGAUUGUUGGACAUCUGAGAGGUACAAUGAAGCUGAUUUCAACUGUUACACAUUUGUAUUGUCAUUUUUGCGCAGCCUUAGAUAUGGCCGCCUCAGUGAAGCGGCUGACAACCGCACUGAGUUCUGUGAAAAAUUCAUUAUUCCACGUACAACAGCAGCUGGAAAGUACAUUUCCCUGUUCAGAAAGUUAAGACAAAGUCAAAACCAAUGUUAUGUUUAUAAAAUGCAGCAAUCCACUUUGGGAGCAGGCUCUCCUGUUGCUAUCACUGCCAGAUGACUGCACUUCUCUAAAUGUUAUUAUAAUUUCAUUAUUUUAAAUGCAUAGCAUACUUUUUCUUAGAUAUACUAGAUGUUGUUUUGGAACUGUAUUUUAAGCUCUUACCACUUUUGAAAUUGUUUGAAUUACUUGGAUGUUCCUAGAAAAUAUUUUUAUGAAAUGUGUAAAUAUAAGUAAAGUGCAAAACGAAA